UCUCCCCUUGACUGGGUAAUUCCCCCCUGUUUACACAAUAACUGUAAAACAAGUCAAUCAUCACCCUGAAGGGUGUCAGUGUUACAUGUGUCUUUUACACACAGAUAAACUAAAACAAAGAGGCCGGUCUGUAGAUACCAGAUAAACACCUGGUCUAUUUCCACACACAGCUGUUUGAAUGCCACCCAAUCUACCUCUGGGUAUGACCUGAUUAGUCUUAACGAUGGUUCUGAUAAUAAUGAGUGAUACUUGCUUUCUUGUGGACUUGGGAAUGAGAUCACCUGUUGUGUAUUCUAAGUGUUAUAGUGAUAUAGAUUUGAAGAAUUACUUCUUGAGUGUGCAUUAUUAAAUGGCUUUUUAAAGUAUAAAAAAAAUGUUAUAUUCCCAGGAACAUGUAAGUUUCUGUUUGCAAGGAUUGUUAAUAAUUUAAAAAUAACCCAAACUAUGGAUAGUAACAAAGCUAAGAAAACAUCAUGAUCAUAACUAACUUGGUAAACAAUUUAUAUACCGAAAAGCAUUUGAUUUCUGUGAUUUUGAUGAAAGAUGGACUAACCUUUUAAAACUUCAAUGCAAGAAAUAAUUCAAACAUUGGCCAUGGACUGUAAUCAUUGGAUGGCUUGUUAUAGUUUGAUAUUUUUUUAAAGCUGUUCUGUGAUUUUAGCAAAGCAUUUUUUGUUUCGUGGAUGUGAUAAGAAACUAAAAUCAGUUUUUAAAAAACCUGUGUGCAGUGAUGACUGUUUCCCCUCUGACUAACAUUAAUCUAUUUUGAGUUGUGUAGUAUUUUUGUGCAAUGAGCUUGAAGUAAAUGUGUCUCCAGUUGUAGACUUACCUUGUUGAUACUAAUUGUACUUAUCAAAACGGGCUUUCUCAAACAUGGCUGAGGUGAAAGUUGAGAUAUUAAAUGGUGAUGCUGCGCCUUCUAGUACAGCAGCAAAUGGCUCAAGUGUGGUCAAUACUAAAAAGUUCAAAGGUGUUAAAGUAUGCUGUGGUGAGCUUCGGAAAUACCUCUAUGGUGUGGAGAUAUACAGACAGGCCAGUAUGCUGCGUAAAGGAAGGGAGGUGCAUAAGAUCUAUGUGGAUGUUCAUAAAGGAGUCAGUUUCUUGGAUGAUAGGUUCACACUGACAGAGUUUGGGAAGAUGGUGUUGGAAAAUGGUAGUGUGCGCGCAGGCAGAGCUAGAAAUGUGCGCCAAAUUGUUGUUGCAAGGGAGACAUUGUAUUGUAGCGGCACAGGAGGAUGCAAGCGGGCGUGUGGUGGAUAUGGCUCUUGUAUUUCAGGGUGUGAUAAAAUCAAAGUCCGUGGCCACAAGUGUAGCUUCAGAGUCAAGCUGACGAUGCGCUUGGGAUUCGUUGAUCACUGGUUUGUUGAAAUACUUGGAAGCCAUAACUGUUACAUCGAAGAUGGGGAUCCCCCUAAUGACAUGGACAAAAUGUUGGCUGAUUAUGAGAAUAAAAGCAGCGAUGGCGAGGAGGGUAGCUUUAGUCCUUUGAUGCGAGCCUCGCCUCUUGCGGAUACAAACUCUAUGAUGUCGGUCAGCCAAAACGGUGCCUCUUUUGUCACGUCCAGCUCCUCCCCUCCACACUCAAUUUUACUCUCCCAGGCCCACUGUCCCCUCAAUGUUCCCUUGUUCCCUGAGUCCUACCUGAUGACCGUGGCCAGGAACGCUGCUGCUGCCGUUGCCAUGUCCAAUGGAAAUGGCCUGGCCAGGGGCCAGCCUUCACCCCUAAGUCUUUCCAUCAAGCACGACCGAUCACCUUCUGACCUCAUGGUACCAGAAAUUAUGAAUGGUCUUCUUCCACCUUCUAUCAUUCCAAGAUUUGGAGUCAUUCCGUCGUCUUCCUCUCCUCCCACUGGUGAUAACGGCCACAGCCCUAACACCCCUGUCACGGACGUCAUGGACCUGUCGACACCCAAGAUAAAAGAAGAGAACGGCCCCAGAGAUUUGUCUUUCUGCCCCACAACAUCAGCACCUGAAACUAACUACUCAACUGGUCUUUCCAGGAACGGGCACAGCUCUCUUGACAAAACAUCAUUUUUCCUUGGUGGGAAACACCUCUCAGACCAUCUCUUGAAUAAGAUAAACAAAAACAGAAGUCAGUUCUCCAACAUUCCAGAUUCUUCUGAAGGUUCCACCUCAGGCUCACCCAAGUGUAACUUCAACUCCAUUCCAUCGUCCGCGUCUCCUAAAAGCUCGCUCAUGUUUCCAUCUCAAAAGCCUCCCACCAGCCGGUACAUUAAAGGUAAUUUCAGAAGCCUAAAGCCAUUCCAGCUCCCUCAUCAAACUGCUUCGACAACAGACAAUACCAUCACAGCCUACCCUGGGGCUGGCUCCCCAUCCGCUGAUGUGAAAGUUAAGACGGAAGUAACAGAAAAUGAAGAAGUGCACGUUGAAGAUAAUCUAGACAAGGAUCUUGUGAACAGAGUGCAACAGUUGGAAGCUCAUGUCACACAGCUCAGGAACAUCGUCCUCAAACAGGAUGGCUCCAAAACUGAAGGCCAAGGACGACGCAAACAGCAGAGAGAAUUUGAUUUCACAAGAUACAAUACACGUCACAUAGCUUUAAAAAUUGCCUACCUGGGCUGGGAUUACAAUGGAUUUGUUGUUCAGGAAGAUACAGAUAAAACAAUUGAGUCUGCCUUAUUUGAAGCUUUGUUGAAAACUCGACUCAUAGAAUCUAGGGAGACGUCGAGUUACCACCGUUGUGGCCGUACAGACAAAGGUGUUAGUGCUUUGGGACAGGUAAUAUCCCUGGAUGUGAGGACCAACCUUCUCUCUGGUGUUGGGGUCAAAGUUCGUGAAGGUGGAACUGCUGACACUAGGCCAGGUGACCACAGUACAGAGAUUCGUUUUGUCUACAUAUUGAAUAAAGUAUUGCCACCAGAAAUCAGGGUCUUGGCCUGGGCUCCGGUAGAUCCUGCUUUUAGUGCCAGAUUCAGCUGUAAAAAGCGUACCUACAAGUAUUAUUUUCCCAAGGGGAAUCUUGAUAUUCAGAAAAUGAACGAGGCAGCCACUAAAUUGAUUGGCGAGCAUGACUUCAGGAAUCUUUGUAAAAUGGAUGUUGGCAAUGGCGUGGUCAACUUUACAAGGAAGAUUCUUAGAGCAGAUGUCACAGUAUUAAAGGAAUUAGAGCAUGGUUACACCAUGUGUGAGUUAACAGUUGUUGGUCAAGCUUUUCUGUGGCAUCAGAUCAGGUGUAUUGUUUCAGUUCUCUUCUUGAUUGGUCAGGGCAAGGAAGAUGUUACUAUACUGGGAGAACUCCUGAAUGUUGAGAAGAACCCGCGCAAGCCACAGUACACCAUGGCAUCAGAACUGCCUCUGGUGUUGUUUGAUUGUGACUUUGGUGAUGAUUUGGAAUGGAUCUUUGAAGCAGAUUGGCAUGAGGAUAAUAUUCGCCAUUUGCAACAGAUGUGGGCGCAGCACACCAUAAAGGCUACGAUGAUUAAAAGAAUGCUUGAGGAACUGGAUGUGGCUAAGGUGGAAACAGAGUCAGACAUCGCCCCAUGGAAUGAAUUAAGUGCGCCUCUACUUCAGCAGUCUGAGUGGAUGAUACCUGGCAACAAGCCACGGGUUUAUAAGCCACUGUUCAAAAGGCAGAUGUGUGAAAGCCUUGAAGAACGUGUAGAGUACUAUGCCAAGAGAAGAAAAUUGAUGGAUAAGGAUUCAAAUGAAACAAAUGAGCAAGACAAUGCUGAGCCGUCUUGAUGCUAGUGUAGAAAACUGACACCAUCUUCUAAAUUUCCACGCAACAAGAAGCCUGGGAAAAUCAACUGCCUUGUAGUAUCUGGUAUAUUUAAAAUCUUGAUUUAUCUACAAUUAGCUGUUUGAUAGUUAUGGCAUCUUGAUUUUUUUACACAAUGGUAAAAUGAAAGAUUUUAAAAUUCUUAAAAUGUUGUUGUACAGUUUUAACAAGUUGUGUUGGCACACAUCUUUAAAAAAAAAAAGAAAUUAUUUUUAAAAAUGUGUAAUUUAGAAGGCACUUAAAGAUACUUUUUUAGUAUUUUGCCAUGCAUUAAAUAACUUAUUUCCUUUGUGAAGGAAUAUUUGUGUAUCAUUGUUGACACUGGUCUCAGGGGCUGUUCAGCAUUUGGGAUCCUACAUUUUUUGAUGCUUUGUUGACUUCAAUUUCUCACUUUAAAAGUAUUUAUUCUGUAGAUAAUCAUGCUGCUUAAUGUUAAAUUCAUAUAUUUAUUUAACUAUUUAAAGUAUUGUUCACCUAUUUACUAAAAUGUUUAUUAAAUAAUGUUUAAUAUUUUCAAGAAAGAUAACUCACUCAUUCCCAGUUUAACAUUUCAACUGUUUUAUCCUAUAUUUGUACACUUGCAUCUGCACACUUUGAAAUAAUCUCCUUAAUGUUAAUGGUUAUGUUUUGGAUUUAUUUUACAAUAAAUUUGUCCCUGUAACAGGGUUAUAUGCUAGUCACUGACUUUACUCAUUUUAUUUUAUGCCAUUCUGUUAAUGCAAGCUUCUUUAUUUUAUGUUUCAAAUUUUCUUUUCAUAAAACAUUUCUUUUACGUAAGGGAAAUAAUUCUAGCACCUCUGUUGUCUUGUGCAUUUUAAGCUCUCAAAUGCCUUAAUUCUUACCUGCUUUUAAAAAUAUCCAAUUCAGUUUUUGUUAUUAUAGGUAAAUUUAUCUAUCACCAGUUUCUAUUUCACACUAGGAACUUUGUAGAAAAUAAUAUACAAUGACAUUGUAGUUAAUAGAUACAGAAAAGGAAAAUUAUAAUUUUGGUAUUUGACAGCAAAAUUUUUUUGUUUUGUUACUUAACCUAGCCAAUACAUAAUGUAAAAUAGACUUUGGUCAUUCACUCAAACAGUAUUGGCACGAUUGAAUACAAGAACCUGUGAGCCCACCCUUGUUAUAAAAAUGUCAUUUUAUCCUGUUUGUACCAUGUGGGGGAGUAGUUUGCAGUAUCAUUUUACUAAAGGCCUUGUAGUUUACACACUUUUUUUUUGUUCUAUUUUUUUAUUUGUCAAUUUUAAAAAUGCUAUUAUUUCUACUAGUCUUAGAAUUAAGUUCACUUAAUGUAGUUUUUAAAAAAAAAAAAAGGAUUGUCUAUAACAUGGUAACUUAAUUAGCAAAUAGCAUGCUUGAAAAGUUCUUUUGUGAACCAGGAAAUAUGUUAAUAGUUGCAUUAGUGUUACUUAUGAAAUUUUUAACUUUUUGUUUUUGCAUUUGUAAAUAAAACAGUGUCACUUUUAAUAUAAUGCUUUUGAUUUUUCAAAUAAUUUUUUAAAAAGUUUACAUUAUUUUAUAGGAAAUUCUUUCAGACUUUAUAAAUGAACUAUAUAUUAUUAGAAUAUAAGGCUAACUUUCUUAGUUCCAAACCAACUUCUCCAACAGUUGCAAUUAUGGUUUUUCAGACACAAUUGUUUUAUCUGUGGAGGGUCAUUGUAGGUGAAUGAAGGUUUUUUUAGGCCAGAUUUUUUUUCCUCUUGUUGUAAAAUGUUAUAAACAUUGUGGUUGACAAGCUCUAAAGGAGGAAACAUUUUCAUUCUUCCUCUAGUCUUCCUGUUGUUGCAACACAAUGCUCAGCUACUGAUAAGUUUGAUUUAUUGUUUUUUUAAUUAUCAUUGACUUGCCAGUUCAUGCCAUUCAGCAUUUUUGUAUAACAAUUUAUUUUAUGAAUAUUUUAACUUAAAAAUUAAUCGGUAAAAAAUGAUUAAUUGAGUUUAUUUAUUAAUAUUGUAAGCAAAAAGUAUUAUUUUAUGAAAUAGAAGUGUUUCAUUUUUCACUGCUGAAGGUGGAAAAAUGUUUAUGUAUUAAUUAGUCUAAUUUUGAAAACAAAAAGCCUUUGCACAGUUUGUAGAAGGUAUUUUCAGACUUGUGUAAUUUAAAAUAGCCUUCAAUACUUCAAUGUAGAUGUAUGGAAUUCUUGAGAACAUAAAAAUUGCACCCAUUUUUUGCACAUUAUCAUUAUUUCCAUAAGAAUGGGGUUGUCAUAUUUCAUUAACGUGACAAAUGGAAAGUUGACGAAUUGAUAUUACAACUUUCAUAUUGAAGAAUUUUAACACCUUUUUAAAACAUUCCAAACCAAAAUAGUUAGCUUGCGCUGCAUAUCAUGUUAUACAAAAAUAUUUAUGAUUGGACAUACUUAUCAAGUAAUUACAAAUACCUGUUUUUUUUGGUUAGCCAUAGGUAUAUUUUGUCUCCGUAAGAAAGUAUUAAGGAUGAAUAUGAUAUCAAUGUAAAUAAAAAGUGCCUGACUAUAGUUUUUUAUCACCUGUGGAAUUUACUCUCAUGUUACCAGUAUGUACAUUCCCCUCAUACAUUCUGUUUUACUGAUGGUUUUGAAUAUACAUCGACAUUGCUUUUGUGACUUUUCACACACCUACCCAACACCCCUUGUAGGUUUAUUUUUUUUAGAAACAAAAAUCUCAAAUUUUGCAGAUGGUGUAAAAAUUAAACAUUAUUGAAGCCAAAACAGAAGUCACAUCUGAUAUUUACAUAGUGAAGAACUCAGUUGAAUUUUGCAUUUAAAUAUAUUAAAAAAAGAAAAGUGAUCUGGAACAAUUCUAGUCAAAUUCUUGUCAAGUAAAUAAAUUAUUA